CGUCCGUGUCAAUUCGACUCAUGUGGCCUGGUUAUGCGCCUUGGAGCAGGCAGAUUCCCACAAGAGACUUCCGCACCCCUCCUCAACCUAUCACGAGGGCCAAACUGGCUAAGAAUGUUGCGAAAACCAUACAACGAUUCAUUCAGGUAUGCCUCCCACUCAGUUGCAUGUCUGUGCUGCGUGUAGCUGGGUUCUAACUGCGCUCUCAGGAUAUGGAGCAACGCCCGAUGGAGGAGGAUGCCCGUCCUGAGUGGCGCGUUGGCUCUGCGCACAUACAGCUGCACCAUCUGACAUUGGUCGGACUGCAGCACGUCUCUAUGGGCAGCUGGCAAGCCUACGUCGUCUGCCGGCGGGGCCUGUCCAGGCGAUUUGAUUGAUACCCCACCGACCUCACUAUACCAAUGUACACUUUGAUCUUUCUCCUUGCAUCGCUCGCCGUUCUGCCCUUGUUUUUCUUGUGGCCUCCGUUAUUCAUGCGAAGGACGUGGAAGCUCGUCCCGAGGCUUGUCCAACCAUACGUCACACCUGUCGUUCAUGGACAUGACUCUGGGAGGGGUUGCUGCGUCCCGGACAUCAUCUUUUUGCCACUGUUCUCUGCUGCUCUCUCAUGUCUCCCCGAUCUGCAUGUCUGUAUCCACGCUUCUUGCUUCGUCCUGUCCUAUGAUGCUUUCCUCACCUCGUCGACUCAAUGGGUCUAUGCCCUAGGUUGUGAUGUUUCUUGUCGAUACGGACACGCUCUGAACCCCGCUGUAUCAAAUGUGCAUUGAAUGACAAUGCAAGUGAAUUUUCAAAA